GUUGUUUGAAAUGAACAGUAGACCGCAAGGUGUCAGUAUUACACUGUGAUACGAUGGCGAGAUUAUAACCUGCCCUAAAUAGUGACAUGCGCAAUGCUACAUUGUUCAGUACAUUUUAGGAGCCACUGUGAGUCGAAUAAAAUUAUAGUGCUUGCGGUAGACUGAAGAUGCGACGUAGGACAUAAUUUUCGUUUCCAGAUCUCUGUUAUUACACGGAUUAUCUUGUUGAGAGAAUAACACUUUUGUUAUAAUUCCUCGCGAUGGAUAAGGAUAGACAAAGAUGCCGAUGGGCAUACUGCUGGAUUGCUUUGUGUCUGCUGAUGCAUUGUGAUCAGCCUGUUUCUGCACAGCUCAGAUAUUCUAUUCCGGAGGAGGUGAAAGAGGGAUCACAAGUGGGAAGUAUUGCUAAGGAUCUCGGUCUUGAUGUGAGUUCGUUAGAGCACAGACGAUUCCGUAUUGUUUCUGGAUCUAAGGACGGUUUUUUCCAGGUAAAUCAAAACAAUGGCAUCUUAUAUGUUCAUAAGAAAAUCGACCGAGAGGAGAUUUGUGAUGGCAAUGGCGCAUGCUUGCUAAACUUAAAGAUUGCAGUUGAAAAUCCACUCGAAGUGCACUAUGUUGAGGUUGAAAUAACAGAUGUUAAUGAUCACUUCCCUUCUUUCCCAGAAAAAGAUUUGCAGAUUGAAGUAGCGGAAAACACUUUAAAGGGAACUCGUUUUGGUCUACCAACCGCACGAGAUUCAGACGUUGGAAUACAUUCCAUUCGUUCCUAUCGACUCAGUCAAAAUGAUCAUUUUGAUAUAGAGAUAGGAGACAGUGAAUACGUGGAUAAAAAUCCUUUUCUUCUUUUAAAGAAACCGUUAGAUAGGGAGAUAAGGGACAAGCACGUCUUAACUUUGACUGCCAUCGAUGGUGGAAAUCCACCAAAAUCAGGCACUUUAAAUAUAACUGUCAUGGUCCUUGAUGUUAACGACAACCGUCCAGUAUGCAACAGAGACACAUACACUAUUACAUUAAAAGAAAACGCUUCUCCCGGUUUUUCUGUAACAUUUGUUAAUGCAACUGACCCAGAUGAGGGCCUUAAUGGAGAAGUUGAAUAUGCUUACGGUAGGAAUGUGCAGCGAAAAGUGCAUGAUGUAUUUGAACUAAACAAGGUGACAGGUGAAAUCCGUGUCAAAGGCAAAAUAGAUUUUGAGGAGAAUGACAUUUUUAGUCUGAGCAUCAUGGCUUCUGAUAAAGGGCGGCCUCCAUUAAACACAGACUGCAGAGUUAUCAUUAAAAUUAUUGAUGUCAAUGAUAAUGAACCAGAGAUUGAGGUCACGUCACUUUCUAAUACUGUUUCGGAGGAUUCCAAGCCCGGGACAGUCAUUUCUCUUAUUAGCAUAACGGACAAAGAUUCAGGAAUUAAUGGUAAAGUUGUAUGCAGCUUGUCAGAGAGUGUACCUUUUGAGUUGAAACCAUAUAUUCAGCAGAACAUGUAUUCUCUAGUAACCAAAGAUAAUUUGGACAGAGAAGUUGCUUCCCAUUAUGACAUUACAGUAACAGCUACUGAUUUAGGAAACCCAGCUCUUUCAGCUUCAAAAUCUCUGAGCAUAGAGGUGUCCGAUGUCAACGAUAAUAGACCGAAAUUCCCCCACAGCCCCUUUGAGAUUUACCUUUUUGAAAAUAAUCCACCCGGACAGUCCAUAUUCUCUGUGAGCGCCACUGAUGAAGACAAAAAUGAAAAUGCUCAUAUUACGUAUCAUAUUAUAAGAGGCGAUCAAACACAAAGCGACAUGACUUCGUUCCUUAACAUCAAUUCUGAAACAGGCGUAAUUAGUGCUCUCAAAAGUUUUAACUUUGAAACAGUCAAAACGUUCCAGUUCCAUGUUCUCGCUACAGACUCUGGAUCUCCGUCUCUGAGCAGUAACGUGACAGUGAACGUGUUUAUUCUGGAUCAGAACGACAAUGUUCCGGUGAUCUUAUAUCCAGUCAGCGCUAACGGUUCUGCUGAGGGUGUGGAAGAGAUUCCCCGUAAUGUGAACGCAGGUCAUUUGGUGACUAAAGUCAGAGCCUAUGACGCAGAUAUAGGAUACAACGGCUGGUUAUUAUUUUCACUGCAGGAAGUUAGUGACCACAGUCUCUUUGGUUUGGACCGCUACACAGGACAGAUAAGGACCCUUCGCUCAUUCACAGAAACAGACGAUGCCCAGCAUAAACUGAUCAUACUGGUCAAAGACAAUGGAAACAUUUCUCUCUCAGCAACAGCGACUGUGAUUUUCAAAGUUGUGGAGCCCAAAGAGGCUUUUGCUGCUUCUGAUGUUAAACAUGCAAUAAAAAAUGAAGAGGAAAACAACGUGACGUUUUAUUUGAUCAUCACUUUGGGCUCGGUUUCGGUGCUUUUUGUCAUCAGCAUCAUCGUGUUGAUUGUGAUGCAGUGCUCUAAAUCGACAGACUGUUCGUCCAAGUAUUUACAGGAUACAAAUUACGACGGGACUCUGUGUCACAGCAUCCAGUACAGAUCUGGAGACAAACGGUACAUGUUAGUUGGACCCAGAAUGAGUAUCGGCUCUACUAUAGUCCCAGGCAGUAAUGGAAAUACUCUAGUGAUCCCAGAUCGCAGGAGGAGAGAUUCUGGAGAGGUAAGAAUAGCAGAUUAA